AUGGCGCCCGUCGAACUAGUGAGCCACGAUGAACUUGAGCAGCAGCUCAAGGACAUCAUCCAGGACCUCUACAACAUCAUGGUCCAGGUCACCACCUACGACACCACAGGUCGCCCCAGCCGUGACGUCAUGUCCAACGAAAUAGAAACUCUUUCUCGUUCAAUCCAAGCAAUCUACGCAACCUCGACGUCACCACUCGUCGCCCUCCCUUCGGUGCCGCCCGAGCUUCUCGAGUACGUCGAGAAUGGUCGCAACCCCGACAUCUACACACGAGAAUUCGUCGAGCUUGUCCGCCGUGGCAACCAGCUCAUGAGCGGCAAGAUGGACGCGUUUGCCUCCUUCCGCGACGUCCUCGCGACCGAAAUGGCCAGCGCCAUGCCCGAGCUCAGAGAAGACGUCGAGCGCGUUCUCGAAGCCACCGGCGGCAGACCGCUGGGUUCGGCAGACGAUAAGGCCCUGAGCAAUAGUCCUGUCCCUGGAGGGCAGCUGGCCGAGUCGCAGAGUGCCAGUUCGACCAUGGCCGAUGGUUUCGGUCGCGCCGAGACAGGGAGUUGA